AUGGUAGCCAAUUCUAUAAUCAAGCACCAGUUCAACUCUGUCGAGCACCCACACGCCAAGGAAGCUUGGGCAGACGAGCUCCCGCAGGUCCUAUGGGCAUAUCGGACAACGCCACACUCCACCACCGGAAUGGAGGCAAUGAUACCCGUGGAAGUAGAAGAAGGAUCUCCUAGAGUGAUCCUCUAUAAGGAAGACACCAAUUCCCAAGCUCAAAGGGAAGAACUUAACCUACUUCCAGAAGUCCAAGAAAGAGUUUGGAUCAUAGAGGAAGCCUUAAAGCAUCAAAUGGCUCUGAGGUAUAAUAGGAAGGUAGUCCAGCGAAGCUUCGCCGCCAACGAUCUCAUCCUAAUCUGA